GGAAAAUAUUUUUAAAGGUAUAAAUGUAUUGCUUCGGUUUGAUUUUUCUUUCUUUACUUUAUUUAUCCCGUGUAAAAUGUUAUACUGAAAAUUUACCCGUUUCCUGCACCGGCACCGUCAUGGAUCGAUUCUGUGCUUUAGACAAUCCAAGUGCUGAAGCAGACUGCGAAUUGGAGUUAGGACUUCAAAAAGAUUUUAAAAUAUUUGAUUAUUGUUUCAACGCAAUGAUCGAAAAUGGAAAAUCCCUGUCUACUGCUCAGAAAAUAGAAAAACUCUGCAAACUGAAAUUUAUUGAAUAUAAUGGCAUCAAUUUGUGUUACACGUACGCAUUGAACUUGGAUUUGAAACGGGGUGGUAGAAUAUUGAAAGGCGCUGAUGUAAGUGUUUUAACUUGUAAAAUAGUUAAUUAA